AUGAAUGCAAUGCAGUUGCAUCGCGACUUAGCUACCUCGAGCUCCACCGACUACACGUGUCCUGUAUGCGGCAUGUCUACAAUGGAUAAUGGCUACGACAACAACAAUUAUGUUAGCAUGAUUAAUGGCCAGAAAAUUUACUCGUGUGGUAUGGCGCCGCGUGCUUUCGAAUCCUACAAUACCGAGGUGACAGAUACGGCCUAUUUAGCUGCCAAUAUGGCUGAAUUUAUCGUCAAUCAAACGGACGCUGAUGCCUAUGCCGAGUGCAAAAAUACCUGUACUGAGUGCGCUGAUGGAAUUAAUGAUCCUGUAUCAGGCGAUGUAAUAUCUACAGAUAGUUUUGUGUAUGUAUGUCUUGUGAACGGCCAGAAAAUUUAUUUCGCUUCACAAAGCAACAAGAACUUGUACCUCACGAACGUCAAUACUGAGCCGCGUUAUUUGGUGGACAAUGUAAUUUGUUCAGGAUCCACGUGCGCUGAUGCCAAAACUUUGACGACGUUGAGUCCUGCGGCACAAAACUUUGUAGCGGAUUUUUCUACGGCGCCCACAACUCCGUCCAUUGGAACAAGUGCUGAGUCAGCCACUUCGUCCAGAUCAGACUUCUGCUCGGGUCUGGGGUCUGUCAUGUUUAAUGGCUUUCAGACAUCAAUUCAUGGAUCAUGUGUGAUGCUGCUAUUUCAGCCGUGGGUACUCGAUAGUGGCGUCAAAUACGCAUUUGGAUUUAUCGGGUGCUUUUUAAUCGCUUUAUUAAACGAGUAUCUCGUAAAGAGUCGAGAAGCUGUCCGUCAGCGGCUUCUGGUCGCUCGCAAACUUCGCCCACUUGACAAAUUUCACAAGAUGCAAUGCAAGGGAGUUCUUGCCAUUCUUUACAUGAUUCAGAUGACCAUUGCGUACUUUGCCAUGCUUGUAGUCAUGACCUAUGAAACCGGUCUAUUCUUGGCCCUCAUUGCUGGGUUUGGCGCCGGAUUUCUUCUUUUUAAAAAUUUAGACCAGGACAUCACAAAAGAGCGAGGUUCGUGGCGAUUUACCGACCCGUCUACCGUGCGGAUUCAGGUUGAGGGCAUGUCGUGUAUGAAAAACUGCGGCACGACUGUGGAAAAUGCUUUAAAGAGCACACCCGGUGUGACUGACGCAGUAGUGGAGCUCGACGAGCACGCUGCGUAUGUCUCUGGUACGGCUCAGUUUAGUGAUCUGGUGGCGGCUAUUGAAGCUGUGGGUUUCACUGCUGAAGUGAACCAUCAGGGCGGGCAUAAUAUUUCACCUCGCGCUGAAUGCCGCAAGGACAUUUGA